GAUGCCGGUUACGAGUUCGACAUCUGCUUCACCUCGGUACAAAAACGGGCCAUCCGUACCCUCUGGACCGUCCUGGAUGCCAUCGAUCAGAUGUGGUUACCCGUUAUCCGAACCUGGCGUCUGAAUGAGAGGCACUACGGGGCUCUCACUGGUUUGAACAAGGCGGAGACAGCGGCGAAGCACGGGGAGGCGCAGGUGAAGAUCUGGAGGCGCUCGUAUGACAUCCCUCCGCCUCCCAUGCAGUCCGACCACCCCUUCUACAGCACCAUCAGCAAGGACCGUCGCUACGCUGACCUCACGGAGGACCAGCUGCCGACGUGCGAGAGCUUGAAGGACACCAUCGCCAGGGCUCUGCCCUUCUGGAACGAGGAGAUCGUCCCGCAGAUCAAAGAGGGCAAGCGAGUCCUUAUUGCUGCCCAUGGCAAUAGCCUGCGUGGAAUCGUCAAGCACCUGGAAGGCAUGUCGGAAGAGGCCAUCAUGGAGCUGAACCUGCCUACAGGGAUCCCCAUCGUCUACGAGCUGGACAAGAACCUGAAACCCGUCAAGCCCAUGCAGUUCCUGGGGGAUGAGGAAACGGUGCGCAAGGCCAUGGAGGCCGUCGCUGCUCAGGGCAAGGUCAAGAAGUGAGAGCAGGCAGCACACUAGCACAUAGUAGAUGAGUCCCCCGCCAUCCCCCCACCCCUCUGUGCACAUCCCCCCACAGCCGUAGGAAUUUGGAGCUGCGGAGCUGGAGCAGCUCCCCAGGAUUAGGCCCGUUCCCUCGGGACCAGGCUCCCCUCUGCAGACA